AUGGACUCCCCCAGCCAGUCUUGCAACCGCAUUCCAACAACCAAUGGCGAGUUACCCGCCUUACCACCCAACAAAGAAAUUCUUGCCUCUGCCAUCCGCAUGACAAACAUCACCCGCUUCAUCCACCUCCUCUCCCACUCCAAAGCCCUAAUCACCCACCACGGCCCCUACACCACCCUCCCCGCCACAUCAGUCUUCACCCGCUCUCUCAAGCCACGCAGACCCACUUACCCCUCCUCCCCAUCCCUCACAUCCCUCGCCUUCUCCCUAGCCGCAGCCCAAGACAGCACCUACAGCGCGCAGCCUCCCAGCCGCACAAAAUCCGACCUCGACUUCUUCACCCUCCUCUGGGACAGUUCCAUCGUCGUUCUCGAAGAGAUUUUAUCAUCGGUCCCUCAACGUGGUCAAACCUUGGAAGGCACCGAAAAUCCUCCAGGCACCGGAUCUUCGCCCGUGCAGCGAUCUCAAAGCGCAUUGACGCGCUUCUUCCGCGCCUCCUACCUCUACAUAAUGCCCAUCACACUUCUAGAAUCACUCAACGCUUACUGCACCUCAGUUGAGACCGCUCAACUACAAGCUUGGAGCAAACAAACCGCCCACAGAGUCACUAUGACAGAGCACGCGCUCACUCCAGCUACCAGCGACUCUUUUAUCCAACAGAAGACCAUGCAGGACGCUGGAAUGUUGAUACCGAGCCCGAUAGUUCAAGACGCCAUGUUCUUCACACUGCUGAACCGCGACGUCCGCAUGAGUAUCUACGACUUCCUUUACGAAUGGCUCCCGCCUCUACCGUAUAAGAAGCGCUGGCAGAAAGAGGAUGAUUGCCGUGGUAUGGUGUUGGCUUGUAAACAGGCUAACCUGGGAUGGAAGGCGCUGCAAUCCGUCACGUUCACCCUGGACAUCAGCUUUUUCGACGAAGCUCUCGCUGAGAUUGCGAUGAUCCCCGAGGCUGAGAAAGACAACUGGCGUCGUGAGGAAGCAUCACAGGAUCUCAAGCUGCACGCCGGUACAGGUUGGAGGGACGAAAUCUCACAAUGGCGCGCACUCCUCUUCCACCCGUUCGACAAGGUCACACUCUUAAUCACUGAUGCUUCCGACAACAGCGAAAAGGGCACAGUCGCUCAGAUCGAAAAGUACCUUAGCGUCCUCAGCAUGCUGCGAGACAGCCUGGACACUCUAGGAGAGAACUGCGGGCACGACUGGCUUAUGUUCCAAAACUCGCUGGACUGGGACGCCAUCUGUGAAGAAGAGCACGAAGCACCCGAUCGCCUUUUCAACAAGUAUGAUGAAUAUGACUCCACGCCAAAGCGGAAGUGGUACAAGACCGCAGAGCUCUUCCGCUUUGCGCGCGUACAGCACGAGCGACUUAACGAUAGGGGAAUGAGGAAAUAUAUCGGGAAACAAGCUGCUCGCGACUAUAUUAGAGCGGGCCAGCGUAUUCAGACUAAGCAGGUUUGCUUCGCUUGGAACUUCCUUCCUAGCUGCAAGCCCACGCCGAAGAAACUUGUCGGUAAGAUGCACACCUAUACUGCCCAACACGCGGGGCAAAUGCGUAGGAAAGAUCAGCUCCGCGAGCUCAAGUAUGAAAAUAUGUGGCCACACAAGUAUGAAGUAGCCGCUGCGGACGGGCUGAUCGGCGAGAUGGGCAUUCGACAUCCCAAGCGCUGGGUCCUGGCGAGUGAGGAGUAUACUGAGUACUAUGGUUUCAUGGGACAGCUGAAAGAGGCGGAAGAUGUGGAGAGUAAAGGUAUUGGGAUGGCGCUGUGGAGGGCGAGGCCAAAAGCUGAGAAGGCAGGAGGGGAUGGAACGGCCGAGGAAGCUGCUGAGGUAGAGACUGAGCAGGAGAUUGACGAAGAUGUUCAGGAGGAAGUUAAGGAAGACGUUGUAAUCGAGGUCGAGGAGGAGAUGUGGGAAGAGUCUGAGUCAGAAACUGAGGAUGAGGAUGAGGGUUACAGUGACGAAGAUGACGAAGAUGACGAAGAACCAUGA